CUCACAAAGAAAGAUGCCAAAUUCGAAUUCCCCCAUUUGAUUUAAAGCUCUAUCCUUUCUCUCCUUUUCCUCUCUUUCUCCGUCUCCUUCUCUGUCAGCCAUGAAAUUUUUUGAAGCUUGAUAAUAAGUCUUCUUCCUUAUUCUUCUUCACCUUUUUUUCUUUUGUAGCUUUAAUAAGAAGAACUAAUUAGCCUCAAAAAAGAAAAGAAAAUGCAAGCUUCGGUUCUUGAUAGUAUAAUUAAUAGGCUUCUUGAAGUUAGGACCAAUCCGGGAAAAUUAGUUCAGCUUUCAGAGGGAGAGAUAAGACAGCUUUGUUAUGUUUCUAGAGAUAUUUUCAUGAGGCAGCCCAAUCUGUUGGAGCUUGAAGCACCGGUCAAGAUUUGUGGUGAUAUUCAUGGCCAAUACUCUGAUCUUCUAAGGCUUUUUGAGUUUGGUGGAUUACCACCUCGUUCGAACUACUUGUUCUUAGGGGAUUAUGUAGAUCGCGGAAAGCAAAGCCUCGAAACAAUAUGCCUUCUCCUCGCGUACAAAAUAAAAUACCCUGAAAACUUCUUCCUCCUCAGAGGCAACCAUGAAUGUGCUUCCAUAAACCGCGUAUAUGGCUUCUACGACGAGUGUAAACGAAGAUUUAAUGUUAGACUUUGGAGAAUAUUUACAGACUCCUUCAACUGCCUUCCUGUGGCUGCGCUGAUUGAUGAAAAGAUACUCUGUAUGCAUGGAGGACUUUCUCCUCAUUUGAACAGCUUGAAUCAAAUAAGAACAAUUCCACGACCAACCGAUGUCCCAGAACAAGGCUUGCUAUCUGAUCUCCUCUGGUCUGAUCCUAGUAAAGAAAUUCAAGGUUGGGGCCCGAAUGAUAGGGGAGUGUCAUUUACAUUCGGCGCUGACAGAGUUGCUGACUCGCUUAGAAAACUCGAUCUUGACUUAAUUUGUCGAGCUCACCAGGUUGUAGAAGAUGGAUAUGAGUUCUUUGCUAAUAGGAGACUUGUAACCAUAUUUUCGGCGCCCAACUAUUGUGGAGAAUUCAACAAUGCCGGCGCCAUGAUGAGCGUCGACGAGACCUUAAUGUGUUCUUUUCAAAUCUUAAAGCCUACUGAUAAGAAGCCAAAGUUUGGCUUUGGAGGUUCAUCUGCUAAGCCAAUUUCUCCUAAUAAAAUCAAGGUACAAUCAUUCUUGCUCCAAAUAUAUGACCUUUUUAUAUCUUU